AUGAUUGAUGCGGAAUUUAUCGAUGAUAAUAUUGUACAGGUGAGAUGGAGGGGGUAUGAUUGGGGGGUUUAUGUGGUAAAAGCGAAACAGUUGUGUGAAAAAUUGCUUUAACUUAUUAAGAAGCGUUACAAAAAUUUUAUUUUGCGCUUUCAACUAUAAAAAAGACUACAACUAACACAACCAAUUACCUUCAUACUAUUUUCAAUUUAAACUAUUAUUUUAAAGGUCUAAAAAAUAUGUUUUUGUUUUAGGUAUACCUAGCCAACACAGAUCGACAGCAACUACUCAAUGACAUCAGAGGCACAAUACAAAGCACACAACUACAUAUCGAAAAGUUUACUCCAUUCGACCAGAACGUGUUUCGAUUUCGGAAAAGUCAAAAGAACGGUCGAUUAUUCUCAUCUGCUGGUAAUACGCUAAUACGAAGUUGUACUACGGCUGAUUGA